AUGGAUUCCAAUACCCUUUCAUGGAAGGCGGCUAAUGCCAUUAUAUGGCCAACAUAUGGUGUUUUAUUAUUCUCUGCUACAGCAUUAGCAUAUUGGAAAAGGGAUUCAAAAGCAUUUUUGGCUGCAAAUGGGACACAGAAAGCCAUACCAUUAUCUUUUAAUUUUGUAGCAUCCGCACUUGGGUGUGGUGUCUUUUCUGCAUAUCCACAGAUUGCUAAUAUUGCUGGGUUACAGGGUCUGUUAGUCUAUGCUAUUACAGGUGCUUUACCUAUGUUUAUGUUUGCAUUUUUAGGUCCUAUCAUUAGGAGAAGAACACCUAAAGGUUUUCUUUUGACUGAAUGGGUUUUCCAUAGAUAUGGUCUUAUUUGUGGAUGGUACCUAAGUGCAUGCACUAUUUUAACUGUGUAUCUUUUUCUGGUUAGUGAAAUCAGUUCAUUAAAAUUUUGUGUGGAAACAAUGACUGGAAUGAAAGCUAUCGCUGUAAUUAUUAUUGAAGCUGUGGUUACGACAAUAUAUACUAGUGUCGGUGGAUUUAAUAUAUCAUUCUUGACAGAUUCUCUUCAGGUCACUAUUGUUUUUAUUCUUUUAAUUAUCGUCUCCUGUGCUAUGGGCAGCUACAUUCAUAUUGACACAAGUAAGAUAGGGCCAUCUGAUUUAUUGAAGCAAAGUAAAUUAGGUUGGCAAUUAAUUUAUAUAUUGACCAUUGCUAUAUUUACUAAUGAUUUUUUUAUGAGUGGAUUCUGGCUUAGAACCUUUGCAUCCAGAUCUGACCGUGAUUUAAUGAUUGGCUGUUCUAUUGCAUCUGUUAUUUUGUUCGUCUUUGUCAGUAUAAUUGGUAUCACGGGGUUCAUCGCUGUAUGGGCAGGAUAUAUACAGGUAGAUGAUGUAAACUCAGGGUCUGCGUUUUAUAUUCUUUUAGCACAAUUACCACGCUGGGUGAUGGGUUUCACGUUAGUUUUUGUCAUUGUGCUGUCCACCUGCACAUUUGAUUCUUUACAAAGUGCUCUAGUUUCCACGAUCUCUAAUGAUGUGUUUAGAAACAGAUUACCAAUUCUUUGGGUACGUGGAAUUGUGGUGUUGAUUAUGUUCCCUACAGUAAUUGUGGGCUUAAUUGCAGAGGACAUUCUUAUGAUAUACUUAAUUGUGGAUCUGCUAUCCAGUAGUAUUAUUCCAGUAUUGAUUAUUGGUUUGUUUCCUCAAUUAAAUGGAUACUGGACUACCUGGGAAGUUAUUGGAGGUGGGCUAGGAGGACUGUUAACUACAUUUAUUUUUGGUACUAUCUACUAUAAAUCAGCACUAGAAGGAGCCAGAUUAUUGUUGAUCUGGAAUGGUUUGUAUGCACGGGAUUGGAGCACAUUUGGAGCAUUUGUUGCAGCACCAGUAGGCGGUUUUGUUUCAUCCGGCAUUAUUUUGAUGAUCAGACUAAGUAGUAUUAAAUUAUAUAGUUUUGGAGGAAUGUUUUGUCAUCAAUGCAAUUGUAUUGGAAAGAUUACUGGUAUUACUAAAUUGUAUCAUUUUAUUAACAAAUGGGAAAAAAUCUUAGUGACAAAUGAUGCAACCUACAAUCAAGACAAUAACAAUGACGAAUCGAUGAUCUUUACUGAACAAGAAGCUGUCCCAUUUAAGACAACAUCAUAUGCAAAUUCAAUGGAUAAGAAAAAUAUCUCAGAGGCGGAACUAUCACUUAAUGAAUCGGUAUGA